UGUAUGAGUUCGCAAUAAAAACAUCUGCAGAAUCUUUACAUUUUAGCAAGGAAGUCAAACAUAUUAUACCGAUAAGGUUCUUAAAUCUGAUGACCCGAUCGAUACACUCGAUUUUAAUUGCGUUGAUUAUAUCAAUCAAUUAUUUCCGAAUGAACAAUCAUUGGUCACUAUAGAUGAAACAACACAACGUAUACAGUGUGAAGUGUAUUUGAUCGAUGUUAAUAUGAUGAAAUGAUAAUAUCCGUUUAGGGGACAAACAAAUACUGGCCAAGAUGGCCAUCUAGCCCUAUGUGCACUUUAUACGAGCACAUUAUUGAUGUUAAAGCGCGUGCUGAACACACCGAAGAAAUGGUGAACGAAAUUAUAAGGGACAUUAAACAAUUAGACUGCGCUAAUAGAAAUGUCACCUCGUCUAUAACUACUUUAAAUCACUUUCAUAUGCUGGCCAUCGCAGAAGUGAAUCAGCAUUUUCAACAGUAUUUGUACAUCGAGGAGAUUAAGAAUUUAUCACAAAGUGUCGACAAGAUGCAAAUAAGUUUGGCUCACCAGAUAACUGAGGAUUUUAAGGAAGCCUUCUCAGUAAAAAGAGCAGCAAUCAUCCAUGUUUGCGUUUUAAUCAGUUGUUUCAGUGGCGACCUUAACAAUAGUAACAAUAAUAAUAAUUUAAAUAACAUAAAUUUGCCGUCGCCAUAUCCAGUAACGCCAGUGUCAUCAGCAUCCUCCGCUAUGGUCUUUACUCAUCAGAUAAUUAACAACCAGCAUCAUCUUCGACAAGCAUUUUAUUCGAACACUAAUUUGUCUGAUCGACGUCACAGUUCUGCAUUUUAUCAGCAGCAAAUUCCGACAUAUUUAGGUAAUAAGAUAACAACAAUAAUAAGGUAAUAAGAUAACAACGAACUGAAUUGUAUGGCAUAUGUUAAAACAACCGAAGCUU